AGAUGACUUCGGGAGCGAGGGCAACGAGGAGCACGCAGCCUCGGCGGAGUGCGCCUGCAUUAUGGAGGCAAAGCCACACACGGAAAUGGAAAAGGCGCCCGCGCGAAUGCUUCACGUGGCAAAAGAAGAAUAUUGAA